AUGCAAACUCCAAUCAGUUUCAUUGUUAAUGUAUUCAAGGUUUCAAAUGUGAAGGUGAUGGAUGUUUGGAAUGUGAAGGUGAUAUCUAUAGAGAAGAGUGGAGGUGGUGUUGAAAGGCUUUCUCAUCAUAUUAGGAGUUUUGGUUCUGCCAAUUUGUUGCAGAGAUUUGAUUUCACUAUCAAGUUUGAUUAA